AUGGACCGCAAGCUCGUGGUUUUGGGCAUUCCGUGGGAUAUUGAUACGGAAGGGUUGAGAGAGUAUAUGAGCAAAUUUGGUGAAUUGGAAGAUUGUAUUGUCAUGAAGGACCGGUCAACUGGUCGGUCUCGCGGGUUUGGAUAUGCAACAUUUGCAUCAGCUGAAGAUGCCAAGAAUGCAGCAUCAAGUGAGCACUUUCUUGGGAAUAGAAUGCUGGAAGUUAAAAUAGCUACGCCAAAGGAGGAGAUGAGAGCACCUGCAAGAAAAGUUACCAGGAUAUUUGUUGCAAGGAUCCCACAAGUUGUGACAGAAGCCACCUUCCGAAGUCAUUUUGAGAAAUAUGGUGAUAUAACAGAUUUAUACAUGCCGAAGGAUCAAGGCUCAAAAAUGCACCGUGGAAUUGGGUUUAUAACAUUUGAAAAUGCAGAUUCCGUGGAAAAUUUGAUGGCUGAUACUCAUGAGUUAGGCGGUUCCACUGUAGUUGUUGAUCGAGCAACUCCCAAGGCAAAUGACUUCAGACCAGUUGGCAGAAUGGCACAGGGUGGAUAUGGUGCAUAUAAUGCUUACAUCUCAGCAGCAACUAGAUAUGCAGCACUUGGUGCUCCUACCUUGUAUGACCAUCCUGGACCAAUACCAGGACCUGCUUUUCCAAGAGGGGAAUCUGCUCGAGGACUGGGCAAAAAGAUUUUUGUUGGUAGGCUUCCUCAGGAAGCAACCGUGGAAGAUCUCCGCCAGUAUUUUGGGAGAUUUGGUCGUAUAGCAGAUGUCUAUGUUCCAAGGGACCCGAAAAGAACUGGACAUAGAGGGUUUGGUUUUGUAACUUUCGGGGAAGAUGGCGUAGCCGAACGUGUAUCACGAAGGUCUCAUGAGAUUUGUGGACAGCAGGUUGCAAUAGAUACAGCCACACCACUUGAUGAAGCUGGUACCAGUGGAAAUUUUGUGAUGAAUAAUGUAGAGCCCUUUGGUGGUGGCUAUGGUGGUCCUGUGCGCAGCUAUGGCAGGAUGUAUGGAAGUCUAGAUUUUGAUGAUUGGGGUUAUGGAAUCGGCAGUGCGAGACCGUCAAGAGCAGAUUGGAGGUACAGACCAUACUAG